AUGAGCGCGAACGGUGUAGCCAACGGAGACGAGCCCGACUGGUUGCACUCGCUCUCUCCCUCCAAUGCAGCCUGCAUCCGCCGCCUGCUCGCCCUUCCGUCCGCACCAUCCUUCGCCCAUGUCCCCACGCGCAAGCAAGCGGCGGUAGCAGCCAUCCUCUACGAGUCGUCCUCCUCAGAGCUGCGCGUCAUCAUGUCCACUCGUGCCCUUCAUCUCCGCUCGCAUCCCGGUCAAGCCUCCCUCCCCGGUGGCAAGGUGGACUCCUCAGACCGGUCCGUGGUGGAAACAGCGUUGCGGGAGAGUGUCGAAGAAAUCGCUCUCCCCGCUCGGUCCGCAGUGCACGUCCAUACCGGCUACCCCUUCUUGAGCAAGAUGGGCCUUCUCGUGCAUCCCGUGGUGUUCUUCCUCAAGAACGGCGAGCAGAUCCUGCCCAAGCUCCGAGCGAGUCCCUCCGAAGUGGCCGAUAUCUGGACCACCCCGCUCGUCGCAUUUCUUUCGUCUGUUGCACCCAAAGGAGCACCUCUAUCAGAUCCGAGCAGCGUAGACAAACACCGCCCACCACAGGAAGUCUUUCGCACCUACACAGACAUCCCCUGGCUCGGAGCAACGUAUCGUCUUCAUCGGUUCAGGUCGAGUCAUCAGCUCAUCAAGGGCUUGACGGCGGAUGUGCUCAUUAGUGUAGCGCAAAAGACCUUCGGUGAAAAGGCGAGAUACAAGGUCGAGGCGGAAGGCCAAUGGAGUUGGGAACGGAUGGUACAGUUGGUGGUCAAGAGGUAUACGGGCGAGAGGAGGCCAGAGCAGAGGUGGGGGGAUGGCGAGAGCGGGGAUAAGCAGGGCAGCUCGGAGGCGUUCGAGACGUUUGUUGGGGUCGAUGAGGAGGAGGAGAAGGAACAAGAUGUGAGUGUGUAG